CUGAGGCGUCCGCUCCUCCCCCCGGCACCUGCAGCGGUGUCAGCCGAGAUGGAAAAGCGCAGCCAAGAUGCGGGAUCGCAGAAGCCCUCCGGCCUCCUGCUCUUCUCCGUCUUCACCGCCGUGCUGGGAUCCCUACAGUUUGGUUAUGGCACUGGAGUCAUCAACGCUCCCCAGGAGGUUAUCGAGAGACAUUAUGCUCAGGUUCUGCAUGUUGCCCAGAACGCGACUGGGGCUGGCAAUCUCACGCAAGGGGCCAACGCGCCGAAGGACCGCCUGGUGGUGGUUUACUGGACUCUCUCCGUCGCCAUCUUCUGCAUCGGGGGCAUGUUCUCAUCCUUCUUUGUUGGAUAUCUGGCGGACAGGCUGGGCAGACUGAAGGCGAUGAAGGUUCUCAACAUCCUGGCGAUAGCUGGUGCGCUACUGAUGGGAUUGGCCAAGAUGGGACCUGCGCACAUCCUGAUCAUCGUCGGCAGGGCCAUCACUGGCAUCUACUGUGGGCUGUUGUCCGGGCUGGUGCCCAUGUACAUCGGAGAGAUCUCGCCCACCAACUUACGUGGAGCGCUGGGUACAAUUCACCAGCUGGCCAUCGUUACCGGGAUCCUUCUGAGCCAGGUGAUCGGCCUGAGCUCCCUGUUGGGAAACGACCGGCUCUGGCCCUUGCUCCUCGGGCUGUCGGGAGCGCCCGCCAUCCUGCAGUCACUCCUCCUGCCCUUCUGCCCGGAGAGUCCGCGCUACCUCUACAUCAAGCUCGGCAAAGAAGAAGCAGCCAAGAAGGCCUUGCGCAGACUCCUUGGGAGCUCGGACAUAGAGAAGCAGAUGGCGGAGAUGAAGAAGGAGAAGGAGGAGAUUGAGAAGGUGCCGAAGGUCUCCAUCAGCCAGUUGUUCCGCUCGCCCAACUACCGACAACCCAUCACCGUCGCCCUGAUGCUGCACAUCUCCCAGCAGUUCUCUGGAAUCAACGCCAUCUUUUACUAUUCCACGGCCAUCUUCACCCAGGCCGGGAUCUCGCACCCAUCCUACGCCACUAUUGGAGUUGGUGUUGUGAACACAAUCUUCACCGUGGUCUCGGUUUUCCUGGUGGAACAUGUUGGUCGCCGCAGCCUGUUUAUCGUAGGCCUGGGCGGGAUGUGUGGCUGUGCCAUCCUCAUGACAUGUGGGCUGGCCUUGCAGUACACCUACACCUGGAUGAGUUACCUCAGCAUGUCGGCCAUCUUUAUGUUUGUGGCCUUCUUUGAGAUUGGGCCAGGCCCCAUCGCAUGGUUCAUUGCAGCAGAGCUCUUCAGCCAGGGCCCGCGGCCGGCCGCAGUCACCAUCGCAGGGUUCUGUAACUGGACCUGCAACUUCCUGGUGGGAAUGUGUUUUCCGUACAUCGAGGAGCUGUGUGGCCCAUACGUGUUUGUCAUCUUCGCCUGCCUGCUCCUGGGCUUCACCCUGUUCACCUACUUCAGAGUGCCGGAGACCAAGGGCAAGACCUUUGAGCAGAUUGCCGAGGGGUUCCGCCGCAAGAAGCCCUCGUCGCGACAGCUCAAACCCACUGCCACGGAGCUGGAACAUCUGGGCAGUACAGAGGCCUAACGGUGAGGAGGACGGAGAGGCCUCUUUGGCCUGCUCCGUGCACAGGAACUGGAGCGUGAGGCCCGGGUUCCCGUGGAGGCCAAGCAACCACCGAGCCAUUGUUUACAUUCUCCUCUGGGCCUGGGGGAGAAGCUGAACUAUCCUGCCUGCAUAAGCAAGAGUAAGGAGGGAGAAGGAUUAUCCAGUUUGUGAAGGAUUGUCGUGGACACUCGAUGUUCAAUGUCCCAAAGUUAGGACUUGCUUUAUCCUGGAACUGAAGUCAGAUCUUGGAACAUUGCUGCCUAAAAUAAUCUGUUGGUUUGUGUAUUCUUCAAACACCUUCACUUCUACACAUUGGAGAGAGGGAGGAGAUAGAGUUAAGCACAUUCUCAGGUCUUGGACAAUCUUGCUGCUGUUUUGUGUCAGUGUGAUGAUGGGAGCAUGAAAAGGCAAAGUAGUAAUGGGACUGACGCUACGCUAGGGCUGGAGAUUUCCCCCCCACCUCCGGUCAAAACUUGUGGUUUGGCUUCUGUCAAACUGUCACUCUGCAACACUCUGCAAGACCCCUUUGUUGAGGGGUCUGAAGAAGGGUCCCUACCUGAAACGUACCCCACCCAUCCUUUUUCUCCAGAGAUGCUGCCUGACCCGUCGAGUUACUCUAGCACUUUGUGUCUAUCUUCUGAAAGUCAGAGUCGUUUCAGUGUAGGUGGGGAGUUGAAGAUCAACUCCGACGUGUGUUGGGCCCCACAACUCACUUGCAUGGAAUGCAAAGCUUUGCACAGUACCUCCAUAAGACUUCUUAAACCAGAGGGUGGUAAAUCUGUGGGAUUCAUUGCCACAGACAUCGGUGGAGGCCAAGUCAAGUUUUAGGUGGAGAUUGACAGAUUGUUGAUUUGUAAUGGCAACAAAGGUUACAGGGAGAAGGCAGGAGAAUGGGAUUGAGAGGGAAAGAUAGAUCAGCCAUGAUCAAAUGGUGCAGUAGACUCAAUGGGCUGAAGGGCAUAAUUAGCGUCACAGAGUAAUACAGUGUGGAAACAGGCCCUUCAGCUCAUCACGCCGACCAACAUGUCCCAUCUAUACUAGUCCCACCUGCCCAUGUUUAGCGUAUUUCUUUAAACCCAUCCUAUUCAUAUAUGUGUCCAAAUGUUUCUAAAACGUUGUGAUAGUAUCUCCUCCGGCAGCUCGUCCCAUACACUCACCACACUUAGUGUAAAAAAAAAAAAAAAAAA